GUCAACAACAGCAACAAGAAGGAGUGGAACGGAAUGAUGGGGGAGCUGCUGAGCGGGCAGGCCGACAUGAUCGUGGCGCCGCUGACCAUCAACAACGAGCGCGCGCAGUACAUCGAGUUCUCCAAGCCCUUCAAGUACCAGGGCCUGACGAUCCUGGUCAAGAAGGAGAUCCCGCGGAGCACGCUGGACUCGUUCAUGCAGCCCUUCCAGAGCACGCUGUGGCUGCUCGUGGGGCUGUCGGUGCACGUGGUGGCCGUGAUGCUGUACCUGCUGGACCGCUUCAGCCCCUUCGGCCGCUUCAAGGUGAACAGCGAGGAGGAGGAGGAGGACGCGCUGACCCUGUCCUCGGCCAUGUGGUUCUCCUGGGGCGUCUUGCUCAACUCGGGCAUCGGGGAAGGCGCCCCGCGCAGCUUCUCGGCGCGCAUCCUGGGCAUGGUGUGGGCUGGCUUUGCCAUGAUCAUCGUGGCCUCCUACACCGCCAACCUGGCGGCCUUCCUGGUGCUGGACCGGCCCGAGGAGCGCAUCACCGGCAUCAACGACCCGCGGCUGCGGAACCCGUCGGACAAGUUCAUCUACGCGACUGUGAAGCAGAGCUCGGUGGACAUCUACUUCCGGCGGCAGGUGGAGCUGAGCACCAUGUACCGGCACAUGGAGAAGCACAACUACGAGAGCGCGGCCGAGGCCAUCCAGGCCGUGAGGGACAACAAGCUGCACGCCUUCAUCUGGGACUCGGCGGUGCUGGAGUUCGAGGCGUCGCAGAAGUGCGACCUGGUGACCACGGGCGAGCUCUUCUUCCGCUCGGGCUUCGGCAUCGGCAUGCGCAAGGACAGCCCCUGGAAGCAGAACGUGUCGCUGUCCAUCCUCAAAUCCCACGAGAACGGCUUCAUGGAGGACCUGGACAAGACGUGGGUGCGGUACCAGGAGUGUGACUCGCGCAGCAACGCCCCCGCGACCCUCACCUUCGAGAACAUGGCAGGGGUCUUCAUGCUGGUGGCCGGCGGCAUCGUGGCCGGCAUCUUCCUGAUCUUCAUCGAGAUCGCCUACAAGCGGCACAAGGAUGCGCGGCGCAAGCAGAUGCAGCUGGCCUUCGCCGCCGUGAACGUGUGGCGGAAGAACCUGCAGGAUAGAAAGAGUGGUAGAGCAGAGCCUGACCCUAAAAAGAAAGCCACAUUUAGGGUUCUCACCUCCACCCUGGCUUCCAGCUUCAAGAGACGUAGGUCCUCCAAAGACACGCAGUACCACCCCUCUGAUAUCACGGGCCCGCUGAACCUCUCAGAUCCCUCGGUCAGCACCGUGGUGUGAGGCCCCCGGAGGCGCCCACCUGCCCAGUUAGCCCGGCCAAGGACACUGAUGGGUCCUGCUGCUCGGGAAAGCCUGAGGGAAGCCCACCCACCCCAGAGACUGCCCACCCUGGGCCUCCCGCCCGCCCGCCCCGCUGCUGCCUGGCGGGCAGCCCCUGCUGGACCAAGGUGCCGACCGGAGCGGCUGAGGACGGCCAGAGCCCAGCCGGUUGGGCAGGGCCGCGGGCGCUCCAGGAGAGGCAGGGCCCCCGGGGUCUCUGAGCAGUGGGCCCAGGCCAGGGGCUGGGGGGCGUAGGCCGGCAGCCCGUCCGUCCCAAGCCACCAACCACCCUGAGCCCCAGUGGGGGCCCACGGCCCUGGCUGGCCGCUGCAGCUGAGCGCCACCUUCUCCCGCCGGGGCCACCCCUGCCCGCGCCACUUCUUCCCCUCCCCGACGCACCGGCUGGCCCUGCCUGCCCUGCCCCCAGGGCGUCCUGGCUCUGCCGCGGGCAGCCGCCUCCCCAGGCCUCCCCCUCCGGACUGCGAGAGGCUGAGCCUCCUCUGGGCCGGCUGCCGGGACCGGAUUCCGCAGACGCCGGCUCAGGACUGUCUUCAACCCUGCCCCGCACGCCCGCCGCCUUGUACAGCAUCAGCCCUCCCCGCGCGGCCCGUGUGCCCCCCGCCCCACGUGGUGUGCAGUGGUGAUGCCUAAAGGAAUGUCACGACA